CGAACAGUCAACAGGGCUGUAAACGGAUUGACGCGAUGGCGUUGCCAGUAAAGACAGGUUUCCAUAGACUAGAGGUACAGAAGACAACAUGGGACGUCCCGGAAAGAUACACGACGCUGAAGUCUGUGGGUUCAGGAGCAUACGGGACUGUAUGCUCGGCUAUUGACCAGAAAACGAAGGAAAAGGUGGCCAUAAAGAAACUCUACCGUCCAUUCCAAUCUUUGAUCCACGCCAAACGCGCGUUCCGCGAGCUGCGCCUACUGCGACACAUCCAGCACGACAAUGUGAUCUGUCUCCUGAAUGUCUUCACACCCGAUUCCUCGCUGGAGAAAUUCCAGACAUUUUACAUGGUGAUGCCUUUUGUGGCUCAGGACCUGGGUCACAUUAUGAAGAAGAGGAGACUGACUGAUCGCAUCAUCACCUAUCUGUUUUAUCAGAUACUGCGAGGGCUAAAGUAUAUCCAUUCCGCUGGGAUCAUCCACAGGGAUCUUAAACCCAAUAAUCUUGCAGUGAACGAGAACUGUGAACUAAAGAUCCUAGACUUCGGUCUGGCCCGGCAAACAGAGAGCGAGAUGACCGGGUACGUUGUCACUCGCUGGUAUCGAGCCCCUGAGGUCAUUCUCAACUGGAUGCACUACAGUCAGACGGUGGAUGUGUGGUCUGCUGCCUGCAUUCUGGCUGAGAUGAUCACAGGCCAAGUCCUGUUCCCUGGCAAUGACAGUAUUGACCAGCUGAAGAAAAUCCUCAGUCUAACAGGAACACCUCACUCCUCUCUGGUGCAGAAAAUGCAGAGUAAAGACGCCCGAUCUUAUAUACAGUCCCUCCCCCCUCAGAAGAAGAAGAACUUCAAGGAAGUCUUCUCAUCCAUGGAUAGAAAUGCGGUAGAGCUACUGGAGAGCAUGCUGCUGCUUGACCCUGAGGAGCGGAUGACAGCCGAGGAAGGCCUUGCUCACCCCUACCUGUCCGAGUUCCACGAACCUGAGUCGGAGCCCAACUCUCAGCCAUACGAUGAUUCCUUUGAGAGCCUGGAGCUUGCAGUGGGAGAGUGGAAGAGUCUUAUACACAUGGAGAUCAUGACCUUUGACCCAGAUAACCCCAGAGAAACUGCAACAUAGCAGGCCCCAGGACAGGCUCUGAUUAACAACGAACUGCGUAAUGUCAUAGACUGCACUCAAAAUGUCCCAAUAUGCUCAAGAGAACGGACAGCCCCUCACUGAUUGAGACUGAGAUUAGGGAGACUCUGUGUGAGAAUAUGCUGUCUACUGUAAUCGGCUUAAUCUUUUUGGCUUUUAUAACAUGUUUUUUACAGUGAGGCUUGAAUAGGUUCAUAUGUUGAAAAACGCUUCCACAUGACAUACAUUUUUGUAGACAUUGUGUCUUAUUGGCCAACGAGACAAAGGGCCCUAUGUAAUGUAUACUUGUAUUAUCAUUUGGAUCCAUGUUACCAGGGCUUUACCAUCUUUAAUAAUGAUAUGAUGAAUAUGUUUAGUUUCUUCUUCCCUCCUCUGUUUGUUGUCUUUUUUUGAUCAAAUCUGUUUGCUGUGUUCACCAGCUAGUGAGCCUUCUCUCUUAAUCCACUUCACUUACACUGAAAGGCCAGUCUAGUAUUUUUUGUACUCAUUACCUUGUGAUGGUCAAUUGUGUCUGAAUUGACAGUUAUUUGGCUUUCCCCAUGCUGAGGGGGCUUCCUUGUUACUUCAUUUUAUACAAGAAGUGAUGGAAUGACACAAUAUAGUUUUAGACUGAUUUAAAAGACUAAAUUAAAACUAAAUGAAUGUCAAAUUUUAUUGUCAAUUUCACUUUGUUUGAUUUUAUUUCCAAAUAAAAGUGCACAAGGUU